AUGCCCCGGCUGUUUAUCAUACUUUCCUUCUGUCUCGUAGCAUGUACGCUAGCUGUGUCUUCCUGGAGUGAUUCCCGCGCGAUCCCAAAAACUACUCAAUACGCUUUGGAGUUGGCUGAUGGCCACGCCCCACACGACUCUCUCUUCCAGCAGCUCCAGUCGCGCGAUAUUCCAUACACACUCACGCAGUCAUUCAACUCCCCUGAUUUGUUUGUAGGCGCUGCGAUACACUUGCAAAACUCGGACCACAGUUAUCACCUCCCGUCCCUCGAAUCUGUCAAGCAUGUUUACCCAAUCAACUCCUUUGACAGCCCAAAUGCGUUUACAGAGGUGGUGAAUACUGAACAGCGCAACUUGGCAGAGUCUUCCUUUACGCCCUCACUUUAUCCACUCGUCUCAGGCACUCAGGCACAGCCUUCCUUCUACGCGGUCCAAACACUGUCUCAAUCUGUCUUAGACAUGUCCGGCCUGGCAUACGCCCACGCCCAAAACCUCACUGGUAGCGGGAUCUUCAUAGCCUUUGUAGACGACGGCGUCGACUAUUCCCACCCGGCACUUGGCGGUUGUUUCGGUGCCGGUUGUCCCAUCUCCCGCGGCUGGGAUCUCGUCGGCGACGCGUACAACACCACCAACAACAUCCUCAACCCAGGUCCGCUCCCAAUCACGACCUGCAAGUCACACGGCACAUCUACGCUCGGUUUCGCUGCAUCCCAACUGCGCGAGCUCCCCGGCGGUGCACCUAACGCCACGUACGGCAUGUACCGCAUAUUCGGCUGCCACGGCUCCUCAGGCGACGAUGUGCUCGCGAUGGGGCUUAUUCGCGCGUACGAGGACGGCGCCGACAUCAUCAACGUCAGUGCCGGUGGCCCAGAUGGGUGGACAACGUCUCUCCCCUCCGUCGUCGCCAGCCGUAUAGUGCAGCGCGGCAGACAUGUCGUCACUAGCGCCGGCAACUACGGCCAGCAGGGUCUCCUCUACUCUAACUCUCCCGCUGGCGGUAUAGGUGUGACGCCCGUCGCUGCGCUCGACCUGCCCUACGUUCCCGUUCUCAAUGCCUCCCUCACCGUCGCUGAACUGCCUGGCGAGCGCUUCCCAUACAUCCCCGAAGAGGUGUUCGGAGCAGGCAACGAGACGCGCAGGAGUUAUGUCGUUGACGACGCAUGUGGGGGCGUAAGCGCCGCCGAAAUGGGCAGCCUGGACGACCUGGCGCUCAUUAUCGACAGCUCCACCGAUGAGUGUGACCUCUCCACCAAACUCGCCAAUUUAAAGACAGCCAACGCAUCGCUGGUGCUCAUCACAGACACACACUCCAACCUAACGCAAGCGCCGCACGUGGGCGGACUCGACACAGCGCUCCUGCGUACAUCAGUCGCCUCAGCGAUUCCGCAUAAUGGCACGCUCACGCUGCACUACACGCCGCAGCUGACGCACAUCCCGCGCGGCGGGCUUGUCGCGCAGUACUCGAGCAUGGGGCCGAGUGCCGAUGGCUAUGGGAAGCCAGCGGUGAGUGCGAUAGGCAGCAACAUCCCCACCCCGGCACCAAACAACAGCUACAUGAUUCAGAGUGGUACGUCGUUUAGCGCACCCGUCUACGCAUCCCUGCUCGCGCUCCUUCUCGAGAAGCACGCUAUAGAUGAUGUGCAUCUCAGUCCGGAGCAAGCUCGCGCCAUCAUGCUCAACAGCGCCCAAAGUGUUCGGUUAGCUGUGGAUGCAGAUGACGGCGACGCGUUCACUGUGCUGCAGGGUAAUGGACGCACGAGUAUCGCUAGAGCACUCGCCGCGUCGGCUUACGCUACACCUGAUAUAGUCAACCUCAACGAUACGUGGGGUGCGGAUAGUACGGGCGCGGGCGCUGGCGAGAAAAGCGCGCAGGUCCAGCUCGUCAAUCUCUCACAAAAACGCACGACUUACACCCUCGCUCACCACCCCGCCCUCACCGGCUACGUGCUCGAGGAGGGCACUAUCCAGCCUAGCACCUAUCUGCCUCCGUACUCAAACGACACUGCGACUGUGAAAAUGGCGCACAGUGUGUCUGUCGAGCCGCUCUCAUCGGUAGAUGUCGACAUUGUUUUCACUCCGCCCCAGUGCUCCGAUCAUCGUCUGCCUAUUUACAGCGGUUUCAUCGAGUUCACAGACGCGCAGGAUGUUAAUAAUACCCUGCACAUUAGCUACAAUGGUAUAGCGGGCAAUCUCUCCCAGAUGACUAUUCUCGAUAACACAGACGAUUUCUUCCAGCAGGGCUUCCCGGUGCCUUUCACGUACAGAAGCAGUGACAGGACCAUGUUGAACGAUACAAACACGCUCACCUUUUCCUUGGAGGAUGAUGAUAGACCGGCACUCGUGUACAGACUCGCUGGCCCAUCGCCAUAUUUGAGGAUAGAUCUCGUGGGCGCGGACACGGAGCGCAAUCGCACAACUAGCAGCAUCACUAUACCCGCACAAGAGAGCAAUAACAAUAGCAGAAGAACCAGUAGGAGCUUAGCUGAUGGCGUGAUGGGAUGGAUGGCUGAUCUUCUCGGAGGCACGAACAUUAACACCAACACUAACACUCACGUUGACUCUGACGUGAAGAACAACAGCAGCACACUCACCAUAAACACCCUAGGUAUCUUGUACGAAGAGCUGGGCGUGUCCCGCAAUGGCUUCAAGGGGUCCGGUCAGGGAUCGUCUUUCUAUCGUUACGACAUGAACACUUUCGCAGAUGGUGCACCCAUCCCAACUGGCGAAUACAAGUUCUUGCUCAGAGCGCUCAAAGUACACGGCGAUGAACAUGAUAGUGCGGAUUACGAAUCAUGGCUGUCUGACGCGUUCAAGGUCAUAUAG